AAAAAACACAAACACACAGACUGAACACAAAGUAGCAAACGUUGUCUUCACCACCCCACUCUCUCUGCAAGAAAAUCUCUAUCUUCUUGCUUUGCUAAAUUCGAGAGAGAGAGUGAGAGAGAGAGAUCUAAUGGAGUACGAGAGGAUACACAAAGUUCAGACUGGUAUAAUUUCUCCAAGUAAACUGAGGAUGAAGCUCAUAGGGCCUCACCAUCUUAGAAAGAAGGAUGGAUCAAACAGUAACUCUUCCAGAACUUCUCCUUCCAAGCUUGAGGAUCAUGAUUUUGCGAACAGCUUGCUAGCCUCCAAAAAUGGAGAUUUUGAUGAAGAAGUUACAUCUGCCAACUUAGAAGUUCUUUCCAUAAAGUUAUCAAGUGAGGCAGUCUUGAACUCCACACAAGGUGGCCAGACUUGUUGCCAACCAAAAGAGUCAUUGCCAAGGGAAAACGGUGACGUUGGUCGUGUUAAAGUGCAGCAGUAUCCAAAGUGUGAAAAUGGUAAUUCAAGCGCAGUGCACCCUGUGAGAAACAUAAUAGAUGAGGAAAAUCUUGAUUAUGAUAGCAAUGCUAGUUCUUCCAGUUUUGAGUUUCAUAAAGGGGAGAGAUCAGUACACAAUCCCAUUACAAGAUCAUUUUCAAGACAAAUGCCAUCUAAGUGGAAUGAUGCAGAAAAAUGGAUAAUGAAUAGGCAAAAUGUACAAGCCCAUUAUUCUAAAAAGAAUUGCUUACAAAACCAACCAAAUAGGUUGCCAGUGUCAAAUAUGGUAAGGAUUGCUCCGGAGUCUGCUAAUUAUGAUCAUAAGUUAACAGUUAGCAGAACAGCAGACACAAAGAGGGUUGAUUUCUGUCAACCUGCGUCACAGAUGGGACUCGAUAAGUUCUCUUUUGUUCCCUCAGGGAGUCACUCCAAUUCGGGUCAAGCAUAUGGGGGAAAUGCAGUAACUGAUCCAUGUCCUCAGAAUGAGGAUUUGAAGGAAAUUGGUCACAGUGAUUUACCCUUCACAAAAAGUUCAACGGGAGAUACAACAGGAAUUCCUGCCAUAAGAUCAGUCUCAAUGAGAGACAUGGGAACAGAAAUGACCCCUGCCACAAGUCAAGAGCCUUCAAGGACUGCUACUCCGGUUGGGGCAACAACUCCACUUCGCAGCCCAACUUCCUCAAUUCCAUCUACUCCCCGAGGAGGUGCACCUGCUCCAACACCUAAGGAGCACAGCACUGACAAGGAAUCACAGAAUCCAACAGAAAGAACCAAAAAAGAAUUGUCAGAAGAAGAAUUGAAGCUCAAGACAAGGAGAGAAAUUGUAGCCCUGGGUGUCCAACUAGGUAAGAUGAACAUUGCUGCAUGGGCAAGUAAGGAUGAGCAAGAAAAGAAUAGGCCUUGUAAUGAAAGUAUUGAUAUGGAGGAGCUUGAGCGUAUUGAAAAUGAGAAACGUGCAGCUGCAUGGGAAGAUGCUGAAAAAUCGAAACAUAUGGCAAGAUAUAAGCGUGAGGAAAUCAAAAUCCAGGCAUGGGAAAGUCAGCAGAGGGCAAAACUAGAAGCAGAGAUGCGAAGAAUAGAGGCCCAAGUUGAACAAUUGAGAGUCCAAGCUCAAGCGAAGAUGGUGAAGAAGAUUGCAAUGACAAGGCAAAGAUCAGAAGAAAAACGUGCUGCAGCUGAAGCCAGAAGAAACCGUGAUGCAGAAAGGACUGCAGCCCAAACAGAAUAUAUUCGUCAAACCGGGCAAAUGCCAUCUAGGCAUUACAUCUGUUGUGGUUGGCUGUCAUAAACAAUAAAUUACAGAUAAAAGGAAAGGCUUCGUAUGGUAGCUUUUGCCGAAGUAGUCUUCCUCUUGUAGUCUGUUUGGAAAUGAAUUCUUGACCUGGAGAGUGUUGUCCUGCUUGUUUAUCAAUCCUGUAACUAAGCAACCUCAGUGUUUUAAGUUGUUACAUGAAGGAAAUUUGCAAUUUAUGCGUUAAAA